CAAGUCAGCGUGCGCCGGUAUAUCUGUUCGCGACCAGCGACACCUAGUGUUUGUGCGCUGUGGUGCAGUCACAAGCAGGCAGCAAGCGCCGUUUCGUCGUAGGGCCACUGAUCACCAGUCAGCCGACGGACACGAGAUGGCCUCGCUGUUGCGGCAGCUGCUGCUUGUGGCCUCGUUGCUGUCUGCGGUACACGGGGCGCGCAUCCUCCACGUUGUUCCGAUCCCGGCGUGGAGCCACUGGCACAUCUUCCGGACGCUAAUGUGGGAGCUGGCGGACAGGGGCCAUCACGUCACCAUCAUCACGCCGCUCGCCGAGAAGGAGCCUCACCGCAACUGGACCAUGGUGCCUGUCGCGGCCAACCUAGACAUCAUGCCCAGUGUCGGGGUGGACAUCUUUGACUACGGCAAGGACAAAAUCGACAUAAUGAGCAGACUGUUCCGCUAUGGAGAACGCGCCUGCGAGCGGCUGAUGGAGGAGGAGGCAGUACAGCGGCUACUCAAGUCGAAGACCGAGCGCUUCGACCUGCUGAUCAACGAGCUGUUCUUCAACGACUGCUUCCUGGUGCUGGCCCACAAGUUCCAGGUGCCCAUCGUGGGGCUGUGCCCCUUCGAGGGCGCGCCGUGGAUGGACGACAUGGUGGGCAACCCGACACCGCUGGCCUACCUGCCCAACAUCUUCCUGGACUACGGCCGGCUCGACUCGCUGCUGGACCGCACUGGCAACGCCGCCUUCAGCCUGCUGACCAAGCUGUACCGGCGCUACGUCUACCUGCCCAGGGUGGACGCCAUUGUGCGACGCCAUGUUCCGGACGCUCCCAGCAUCGCCCAGCUGGAGCAGACCACGGCGCUCGUGCUGCUCAACUCGCACGUCGCCUUCAACGUGCCGAGGCCGAUGCUCCCCGGAGUCGUCACUUACGGAGGAAUGCAGCUGAAGCCUCCCAAGAAACUACCACAGGACCUGCAAAAGUUCCUCGAUGAAGCUCCAGACGGGGUGAUAUACUUCAGCCUUGGCAGCUACAUCAAAGGCACCGACCUGAGGCCGCAGGCCAAAAAGGCUUUCAUUGAAGUCUUCUCCCGCAUCAAGCAGAGGGUCCUUUGGAAGUUCGAAGACGACAAUCUGCCUGGAAAGCCGGACAAUGUCAUGAUUUCCAAGUGGCUGCCGCAGGCUGACAUACUUGCACAUAAGAACGUACGGUUGUUCAUGACGCACGGCGGCAUCAACAGCAUUCAAGAGGCGCUGUACCACGGCGUUCCACUGAUAGGAUUCCCUGCGUUUGGAGACCAGAACUGCAACAUGAACCGCGUGGAGUGGAUCGGACUUGGAAUCAAAAUACCAAUCUCAAACGUGUCCGUGGAAUCACUCACUUGGGCUAUAAAAGAAGUCUUGGAAGUGCCAAGUUACCGAGAAACGGCACAGCAACGCUCUCGAGUAUUGCGAGACAACCCGAGGCCGCUGAAGGAGGAAGCCGCCUACUGGGUAGAGUACGUGCUGAGGCACAGAGGGGCCCCCCACCUGCGCUCGGCGGCCCUGGACCUCACCUGGUACCAGUACCUGCUUCUCGACGUCAUCGCCUUCAUUGUGCUCGUUGUCGUCGGUGUGUUGGUAGCACUGCUUCUGAUACUGAGGUAUCUCCUGAGGUUAUUUCGGAAGCCAGUCCCGAAAAAGACGAAGGCAAAAAGUUCUAAAAAAAGGGACUAAUUUCUCACAUACUUCCCAUCAAAAGCACAAGUGGUAUCUCAGUCCUUGAAAAGUGAUAUUCUCUUACAUCUUUGAGUCUUCUCAUUUCAUUUCUAAGCGUGCUUUGUCUUCUCCUCCUCUCAUUCGCUAAUUUUCAUUGCCUGUUGUUCAAGAAAGUCUCUUAUUUUUUCUUGGUCGACCUAUUUUGCUGUUUCCAAUGCCUUUCUUUCCUCUUCUUUCGGAUUCCUCGGCUAUUUCCCCUUUUAUCUCCAUAUCUUCUCUCUUUCAGGUGUCUCUUUCACUUUUUAAAGUUUGUCCUGAUAACUGAUAAGGACUGAAUACACGCCUUCUUCCGAGCACUUAGUUACUGGCGUCUUCAGUGAAGUGGUGUCCCAUUAAAAUUUCUAGAUUUACUGACCAGUGAAAGUGCGCACUAAAGGUAAAUAUAAGAAAAAAAUUUGUUGGUCAUAAAUAUACCAGUGAAUUGCCCCACUUCAUAAAGUAUGACGGACGAGUUAAAUUUCCACAGCUAGCGAAGAUACCAAUUCGUAGUGCCCCUCCCCCCCUUUCACCCCAUCAUCAUAUUCUACACAACCCUUGUAACAUAGCAUUUCAUUCCGUCUUUCUUCUACAUUGUUUGCAGCUGUAUCCCUGUGUGGUUCCCAUUUUUCCUCUUUACCUAUUAUGUACUCACACUGCCUUGUUCACAUUUUUGAGUCCGUUGUCAUAACUCUUUCCAAAGACCGAUCAUCAAAGUUCUUAUAUUACCUUCUCUCCUUUCUCUCCCUCUAUCAAAAGCUGCGAAAGCAUUUUGUAAUUAUUAUUACAAGUGAAUACUCAACUUGUUUAGUAUGUUUCGUUACUGCAGUACAGAAGUAUUAUGCUACAAAAACUACCCCUUGUACUGAGCAGUCAGAAUGUUUGCUAAUGUCAAAGUUGAGUGAGUAUUAAUGUAAAUUAUUGUAUGUUACGAAGUGCAAAUGUUUGAGACUUGAGAAAAGUGAAUCAUUUUGUAUAACACCACAGUGUGUAAACCAGUUAUUACUUUUGCUCUCUUAUGCAUUCUGUAAUCAAUUUUGCAGUAUGAGUCCGUGUGUGGAAAUAAAGAGAUCAAACACUU